AGAACACUAAGCAUGACGAGGAUCACCAUCGAGGUUGAUGAUACUCACACCGCCGGUCAAGAUUCUGACGUCACUAUGCCAGUGCUAGAGGGCGGAGUUAGCUACGACCACCGGUUCUUGCCGGUAAAUCACAAAAGGAACGAGAGAAAACACUGUGGGAUCAAAUCAUCGUUGCCAUCUUCAUCUUUUCUUGGAAGCUGUGGAUUUUGCAAACGCCGUUUAGCUCCCGGUCGUGAUAUUUACAUGUACAAAGGAGAUGCAGCGUUUUGUAGCGUGGAAUGCAGAGAACAGCAGAUGGUGCACGACGAAGGCAAAGCCCGAAACAGCGUCGUACUAUCACCAUCAAAUUAGUUCUUACUCGUAAAGUCUUAAGUUUGUGUGUAACUUGAGAUUGUCGUUGUUAACUAUUAAUUAGCACCACUAUGUAAAAAAAAAACAUUUUAAGAAAAUUCGAAU